AUGUCGAACACUAGAAACAUGAACAACGCCAACAACUUCUGGGACUUUGUCGCCAAUCUCCAGAACAACCAGGGCGCUUCUCCCUUCGCUGAAGGCCGAGGUCCUGCUGCCGACUUUGAUCCUUUCCAAGGUCAAGAUUUCUGGACUGGCCCCUGGGUUCAUCGAGCCAGAAGACAAGGGCCACCCGGUCCUCCCUCACUCUCACCAUCCUCACGACCACCACCNAUAGCAGCGGACCUGAGCAGGAGCCAAGCGCGCCUCCACCACCCUCAUGUAGACGAGCCUGCUCGCUCUGAGUCCGCUCAUACUCCUCCUGAGACCCCAGCAGAGCCGCAUCAUCACCCUGAGCCAUCUUCCCACAACGGACCUGGUCAUUUUGGCGGAUCUCACCGCCAUCAUCAUCAUUCGCCGCAUCGCGGUAGAGGACGCGGUCCUAGAGGACACCAUGGACCCAGAGGAAGAGGCGGUCAUCAGCAUCAUCCCCAUGGACCUCCUGCCUUCCCAUUCGAUCUCAACGCCUUAGCUGAAGCCUUUGCACCCGCCCUCUUUGGCGACAACAACCCCUUCGCCCACAACCAGAACAACGAAGAGGCAACAAGAACCGCCACCACCACCACCACCAACAACAACAACACCAACGACGGCACCUUCACACCCAGCAUCGAUCUCUUCAGCACGCCCACAAGCUACAUCCUCCACGCCUCCCUGCCCGGCGCCAAAAAGCCCGAGAUUGACGUUACGUACUCCAGCACGCGCAACAGCAUCACCAUCUCCGGUGUUGUUUCCCGCCCCGACAUCUCCGAGACCAUGAUGAACUGUCUCGUCACCGACGAACGCAGAGAAGUAGGUCUGUUCGAACGGGAGAUCAAACUUGAAGAGGGAGUUAAGAUUGACGAAGAGAGAAUUGGUGCCAAACUCGAGGAUGGAGUUUUGAGGGUUGUGGUGCCUAAGAUUGUGGAGGCGGAAGAGGAAGGGUGGGAGAGUGUUAGGAAGGUUGAGUUGGAGUAG